AUGGCCAAGAAAACUCCCAGCCCUGCACUGGAUCUGAUCUCCCACCUGCUGGACCCAGUGGUUGACCCGUGGUCAGACAGAGAGAGACAGACCAUGUAUGAACAGAUCACUGUUCCUGAGUCCCUACAGCGGUCCCUCCACCUCACCCCUUCCCCCUCACCGUCUCACACCAACGCCCUGCUCUCUGCAUUCAAAGAACAGCCUCUCCCAUGGCAGAUACAUGCUGCAGUUGUUACCCAGACUAAGCUCCUGAAACAGAUGCAACGUCAUUCACCUGUCCACCCCUACGCCAAGGAGAUCACAAUAUGUGGAGAUUUACAUGGCCGUCUUGAUGACUUGCUGCUCAUAUUCUACAAGAACGGCCUCCCCUCGGCAGAGACGCCGUACGUUUUCAACGGAGACUUCGUGGACCGAGGGAAGAAGUCUGUGGAGGUCAUCAUCCUGCUGUUUGCCUACCAGCUCCUCUACCCAGACCACAUGACCCUGAACAGAGGCAACCACGAGGACCACAUCAUGAACCUCCGAUAUGGAUUCACUAAAGAAGUUAUGCAGAAGUACAAGACACAUGGCAGGGACAUCCUACUGCUGGUCCAGGAUGUGUUCAGCCUCCUCCCCAUAGCAACAGUCAUCGAUAACAAGGUGCUCAUCGUCCAUGGAGGAAUAUCAGACAUGACGGACCUGGAUUUCCUCAGGUCUAUAGAGAGACACAAGGUGAAAUCUGCCCUGAGGCUUCCUAGGAGGAGUCUGAACCAUCUGGAGGUGACUAGGAGCAGUAGUCAGGGCCAGACAGAGUGCCCCCGGUGUAGGAGCAGGGGCCAGACUGAGAGCCCCCGGUGUAGGAGCAGGGGCCAGCCAGAGAGCCCCCGGUGUAGGAGCAGGGGCCAGACUGAGAGCCCCCGGUGUAGGAGCAGGGGCCAGCCAGAGAGCCCCCGGUGUAGGAGCAGGGGCCAGACAGAGAACUCCCGGUGUAGGAGCAGGGGCCAGCCAGAGAGCCCCAGGUGUAGGAGCAGGGGCCAGCCAGAGAGCCCCAGGUGUAGGAGCAGGGGCCAGGACCAUGGCAACACCCCCAAGAAGAGACGUCACCUCACCAGACAGGGCAGCUCCUCCUCUUCCUCCUCAUCCUCACUGUGCUCCCCCCGGGGGUCGUCCCGCCUCACUCUGUGCCGCUGCCUUUCUCCCAGCAUGCUGAGCCCCACCGACAACCUCCAGGUGCCCUUCCUGGACUCCUUCACCGCCCUCCCCGUCCGUCAGCCACCCAGGGAGGAGUUGGAGUGGAAACAGGUAGUAGAUUUGCUGUGGAGCGACCCGAAGAGCCAGCCAGGCUGCAGUCCCAACACCUUCAGGGGAGGAGGCAGUUACUUCGGGCCAGACGUGACCAGACGCCUGCUGGAGAGACACGGCAUGACUCUGCUGAUCAGAUCACAUGAGUGUAAACAGGAGGGCUACGAACUCUGCCACGACGGACAGGUGAUCACCAUUUUCUCUGCGUCUAACUACUAUGAGGAAGGUAGUAACCGUGGAGCCUACAUUAAACUGGGCAGAGAGCUGGUCCCUCGCUUCUUCCAGUACCAGGUCAGCAGGAAUACCAGGAAACUCACCCUGACUCAGAGGGUGAAUGUGGCAGAGGGUUCGGCUGUAAGGGCUGUACAGGAGAAGCUGUUUUCCCACCGCUCAGAACUCAUGGCUGCCUUUCAGCAGUAUGACACAAGUAACAGUGGCUGUAUCUCUGUCAGUGAGUGGGCCCUGGUGGUGGAGUCAGUUGUGAGACUGGACCUGCCCUGGAGGACUCUGCGCCCGCGCCUGGCACGGCUGGCACCAGAUGGCAGCAUCGACUACCAGUCCUGCUUCGAGGACAUGGGCCCGGAACAACCCAUACCCCAGGUCACUCCAAACUUGGCUAAAACUCUUUACAGGUAUCGAACAGACCUUGAGAUUAUCUUCAACAUCAUGGACAAAGACCACUCUGGUCAGAUAUCCAUUGAGGAGUUUCGUCAGACCUGGCAUCUGUUUAGUGCUCACCUAGGUGUGGAGGUGGAUGACCGGGCCAUAGAUGAACUGGCUAAGAGUAUAGACUUCAACAAGGAUGGUAGCAUCGACUUCAACGAGUUCCUAGAGGCCUUCAGGGUGGUGCACAAACUGGAUGUUAAGGACCAACAGCAGGGCUGAGAGAAACCUUGUUGUUGUGCUGAAGACUCACAUUAGCUAGCCGGGCAAUGACUUGGCUUUAGCUCAGUGAGCCAACACUGGCAGCAGGGCUGAGAGAACUACAAAGAUCAGCUGCUAGGUUGAUAGAACUACAAAGACCAGCGGCUAGGCUGAGAGAACUACAAAGACCAGCGGCUAGGCUGAGAGAACUACAAAGACCAGCGGCUAGGCUGAGAGAACUACAAAGACCAGCGGCUAGGCUGAGAGAACUACAAAGACCAGCGGCUAGGCUGAGAGAACUACAAAGACCAGCGGCUAGGCUGAGAGAACUACAAAGACCAGCGGCUAGGCUGAGAGAACUACAAAGACCAGCGGCUAGGCUGAGAGAACUACAAAGACCAGCGGCUAGGCUGAGAGAACUACAAAGACCAGCGGCUAGGCUGAGAGAACUACAAAGACCAGCGGCUAGGCUGAGAGAACUACAAAGACCAGCGGCUAGGUUGAUAGAA